GGGAGGAUCUGCCCCGGGGCGGAGCGGAAGCGGCCAGAAAGAGAGAGGGAGAGGAGACAGGCGGCUCCGCAGAGAACGGGGAUGUUCACACAGAGGAUUCUGUCCGCGGCAAGAUCCACCACGCGUGCCGCAGCAGAUACUCCUGUGCUGCCGGGUUCCCUGCAGACCCAUUGAAUGGAGCUGAACUGCGAGCAUGCUCCCUCUGCAGCAUCGCCAGGGGUCUGCCAAGAAUGGACCUGCACAGUCUUGAAACCCUCGGUCGCAUGAAUUGCAGCGCGGCCUCCGAUUGAAAAAGCACAGGCCGCAAGCACGUAUUCCGCGGUAACGUAGCCGGAGGUGGGUGACGAGAGACGUUCGCACGGCGCCAAGUGGCAUCGACGCGGUGUGGGCAGCAGAGGGGUCCAGCCCUGUUUUUAAAAGGUCCCCGCAGGGCAGGGACGCUGCGGCAACCAUGGAAGCCAUAGCAAAAUAUGACUUUAAAGCGACAGCAGACGAUGAGCUAAGCUUCAAACGAGGAGACAUACUGAAGGUGUUGAAUGAAGAAUGUGACCAAAACUGGUACAAAGCAGAGCUCAACGGCAAGGAUGGAUUUAUUCCCAAAAACUACAUAGAAAUGAAACCACAUCCGUGGUUUUUUGGCAAAAUCCCACGUGCCAAAGCAGAGGAGAUGCUCGGGAAGCAGAGACACGACGGUGCCUUUUUGAUUCGAGAAAGUGAAAGUGCUCCAGGGGACUUCUCUCUGUCAGUCAAGUUUGGCAAUGAUGUCCAACAUUUCAAGGUCCUGCGGGACGGCGCAGGGAAAUAUUUCUUGUGGGUUGUAAAGUUUAACUCCCUGAAUGAGCUGGUGGACUACCAUCGGUCCACGUCUGUGUCUCGGAACCAGCAGAUCUUCUUACGUGACAUCGAGCAGGUGCCACAGGUACACGGGGGAGACAGAGCCACAAGUUUACCACAGCAACCUACCUACGUUCAGGCACUGUUUGACUUUGACCCCCAGGAAGAUGGGGAACUUGGAUUUCGACGAGGAGACUUCAUCCAGGUGGUAGACAACUCAGACCCCAACUGGUGGAAAGGCACAUGUCACGGGCAGACCGGCAUGUUUCCACGCAACUACGUGACACCCGUCAACCGCAAUCUGUAACUAGAGCCUUCACCGGACCAGGAGCCAAGAAGGAGCACAGGCAGACUCACCUGGGAGGGAUUGACUAGGACGCCAAUUGGAGCAUACAGAUUGACUUUUUUGGGAUGAAUGGGCACAUGGAUGACCAAAAUAGAAGAGCAUGGACAGACUACUGACAGGCCAGGGAGCACCAUAUAAUAGCCCACAGAUUCAAAGAACCAGUGUUAAAUAAAAAAAAAAGACCGGACACGGGGUUAAAAAAUAGGGUAGGGAUCUUUUUUACACUGACGGGUAGAGAUGCGGCUGAGGGGAAAACAAACAAGAAGACACUUAGAGAAAUGUACGCGACACAUAGGCUUUCUCGGUUGUCUGUCUGUGCUGUAUGCAGUUACUUCUUGCGAGUGGGAUGACCAUUUGGCUCCGCAUGGAACUAUUUUGGCCGGGGAAGAGGGGGGUGGGCAAGUUGGGACGUUUCAGGCUCACUGGGAGGGAGUGAUGAUUCCCGGGUAUUUGAUUUAGAAUGCCAAAAUUUACCUAUAAAUUAAACAGGAAACGAGAGACUUUUUGUUUUCUUAACUUAACAGAUCCCCAUUACUGCUGCUGUUCCUCCUUUAUUCCACUUCUUUCCACAAUUUUUUAUUUUUUUCCUGUUGACCAUGCAUGUGUGUUUGCAAAGCAAUUCAAUACAACACGCACCUGUAAAAUAAAAUGUACAAAAUCCGA